UGGAGGGUCACUGCCAAGUGCAUGGGAGAAGAAGGUGAAUUCUCCAAACCAGACCAGGACACACCAGCUGGCUGGGAUUGUCCCCUCACCCCAAAUCCUGGCAGGGCACCGGGACCCUUCGCUCGCAGCAGGCAGGGGAUGCCCAGAGGUGUUUUUGUUCCCGUGUUGUGAGCACCUGAGGCCAUCCAUCCAUCCAUCCAUCCGCACUGAACUGGCAACCCGUGCUGGGACGUCACCACUUCCCCCCACGCUGUGUGACGCAGCCUGGCAUGGGGGAAUGCCCCGUGGUUUGAAUCCCAUGAGAGUGCCAAGCUGCCUCCCAGUCCGGCGCUGACUCAGAGCAGCCACAGCACGGAGCUGCUCCAGCACCCUGCCAGCCGCCAUCCUGCUGGGAGAGGACGUGGCUGGGGAGGAGGCUUGAAGACACCACAGAGACCAAAGCAGGGAGAAGCAGCAGAAGUGGUGGCUGAGCCGUGCCGAGGGGAUUCCCACAUCGCGGGGCUGAUCCAGCCCCUCGCUGCCCGUGGCGGCUGCCCACCCCACAGCCCGGUGCCGGCGGGGAGGAUGCCCGUCGAGGCCCUGCAAGCCGGUGACGCCAUGAAGGGGGUGACGGUGACGGCACCUUUCACUUCGGCCAUGCCCAUCCGCAUCCUCCGCAAGGGCCCCGCGUAUUUCCGUCGGCGAGCGGAGCCGGGUGCCGGGAAGCCCAGUGCUGUGGAAAGGUUGGAGGCGGACAAGGCCAAGUACGUGAAGAGCCAGCGGGUCGCCAGCACCAAGCAGGAGCCGGUGAAGCCGCCGCUGCUCAAGCAGCCCCUCUUCACCCCGGGGGUCCGCCGGGCUGCGCUCACCCCCAGCCGCAGGGCACCCCCGGGGCCACGCCGUGCAGAAGCUGGUGGCCCAAAAACCUCGCUCGACCUGGAGAUCCUCAACAACCUCAUCAACCUCUGCGACAGCCCCUUCCCCAAGGCGGAGAGCCCGCUGGGCCGGGAGUGCAAGUGGAGGGCGGAGGUGCCAACGGCACCGAGCGGUGGGACAGAGGGUGCUGAGAAGCCGCCGGAGACCCCCAACAAGCCCCCCGGCAGCGUGGCCGUGCGGAGGGUGGACGUCCAUCCCUGCGGGGCUCCGCGGGGCCAGGUGACACCCGUGCCCGCAUCCCCCGUCCCCGGGGGGCUGCCUGCCACCCCAUCCCGGAGCUCUCCCGCCGCCCGCCCCGAGAGUGCCCGCCGGCAGCCCCUGCUGCACCGCUCCAAAUCGGACCUGAGCGACCGCCUCUCGCGGGCCACCGCCGACCUCGAGCGCUUCUUCAACUACUGCGGCCUCGACCCCCAGGAGGUGCAGGACAUGGGUGCUGAGCGCUUCGCCCGUGCCAGCUCCGACAUCGUGUCCCUCAAGUUCCACAGUGUGAGCACGGCCAGCUCCGAGGGCGGCCGCUCGCCACCCAGCGCGGCCACGCCAGAGGGACGUCCGGCCGAGCGCGUCCCCUACGGCAUCUCCGUCAUCGAGCGCAACGCCCGUGUCAUCAAGUGGCUGUACGGGCUGCGCCAGGCCCGGGAGACACAGCAGGUCUCCAAUGUGUAGCGGUGCCAUGGUGGUGGCAGGUGCUGGGACGGUAUGGUGAGGAGCAGGAGAUGCUGGACGGGGCAGCGGAGGUGCCGGCUGUGUCCCAGGAGGAGUGGAGAUAUCCUGGUGGUGACAGGACACUGGAAACCAACCCCCAGGGCUUGCUUCCCAGCCCCUGUGCCACAGUGGUACUGGCAGAGCCCUGGUGUGGUGGCUGGGCACCCGUCCUGCUGACUCUGGCUCCUUCAGACCCCCGUGAGCCUGUGGGAAGGGACGUGUGUCCCCGGGUGUAUGGCUGGUCCCCAACACCCUCCCCUCACCCACUCCUGCAGGACGCUGUGUGUGGUCGGCCUGCUGGAUGUCCCUGCCUGCUCCACUCCUCACCAGCACCCAUGGGUGGGGGAUAAGGUGCUGGUUCAUCCCCUAGCAGGGAGCAGAGGCAGAGCCCAGGGGAAGGAGCUGCCCCCCUUGCAGCCUCCACAAAGGGGGCCACAUUCUGGUGGUCCCCAUCUUAAUGCUGGAGGUCUGGGAGAAGUGGGGUUCUUCAGAGGGGCAGAGCCAACCUCUCCUUUAACCCUCACGAGUCCCAGUGGGCACCCAGCCCUAGGGAUGCUGGGCCCUGAUAUUUAUGAAGAUGACAGUUGGUCUUUUCCUCAUUUCUACUGUUUUUCCUGAUGUUUGAUCUGUAAAUAGUAAUAUUAUUAUUAUUAUUAAUAAUGUGGCUGUUUUUAUUAAAUCUC